GUUGAAAUUUCUAAUAUGUGUGUAUGUAGAACAACUGAUAAAGUGACUAAAUAAAAUGAUAAGAAAUGAUAAGAGGAUAUAAUUCCCUACCAAAAUGUUGUGAAAACAGUAAUAGGAAAUAAUGGUGAAUAUUUUGACGAUGUGAUUAUUUUGAUGAAAAACGAAUAUGCACUUUUUUGCUAAAAGUUUGGUGCCUUUGGUAUUAUUAACUAUAGUACUGGGAGAAGAAAUAUACGAAAAUUCUACGAAUAUAUGCGAAAGAUGUAAAUGUCUACGAGGACGACAGUUCGUACUAGAUUGCAGCGAUUCAGGUAUCCAUAACACUAUAGCAGAAUGGCCUGAACACGAUACAUCACUUGUGGCUACUUUCAGUAAUAAUAAUAUUGGUAAUUUAGAGGUAUUACCUCAUAGUGACAAAGUUACCGACUUGAUCUUCAGUCACUGUAACAUCAAGUCUCUUGACAAUGGGGUAUUUAAAGCUGUUAGGAAUAUCCAGCUCAUCGAUUUGAGUUAUAAUGACCUAGUCACUGAAGGAAUUUCUCCUGAAAAGUUCAAAGGCCCUUACAACAACACCGUUUACGAGCCCCUAGGGUUGACUCAGCUAAAUUUAGCUUACAACCGUAUCCACAGCUUACCCCACAAAAUAUUCGAACAUCUAGCCGACUUAAGACAGCUCAACUUGGAAGGGAAUCAAUUUAAAGUAUUGGAUCCGCCCACACAAAUGGCUUUAUCUACAUUAAGUAAUUUAGAGACAUUAAAUUUGGCUAGUAACCAACUGACCGAAUUAGUGGGUGAUGCAGUGAAAAGUCUCCGUAACUUAAAGGAACUCAAUCUCUCCUAUAACAACCUAGACGCUGUUCCAGAAACACUCAGCUAUUUAGGAGAAACACUGGAAUAUCUGUAUUUGGACCACAACCCCAUAUUCGAAAUGUCUGAUGAAUCAUUUUUGGGGGUAAAAUCUGUUAUAGAACUAUCUUUAACAAACUUGCCAAGAUUGACCUACGUAAAUGUCAAUACUUUUUCACCGAUAAAAAAUCUAAAGGUGCUUUUCCUACACACCAACAAAAACUUAUUUGAUAUAAAUUCGCAAGCUUUUGGAGAAAAUCAAACCCUGGAAGAACUGUACGUUCAAGAUAAUGCCCUGAACGAUCUAAAUUACAACCUAACAAAAUGGUCAAAUUUAAAACUAGUUAACAUGUCAGGAAAUGACUUUUUCUGCGGGUGCAAUAUGUACAACAUAGCCAAAGACUUAAAAGAAGACGUUAAAAGAGAUAAAGAUGGCCCAGUUUGUGUCAACCUGGUCAGCGGGCAAAGUAUGAUGAUAUACGAAUUGACUGAAGAAGCGUGCGAAUACCAAACAACGGGGCCGUCUCCACCAUAUCAUCUCAUAAUCCAUCACUAUCGCAUUCUACGAAUAUUUACAGUCCUUGUAGCUGUUGCUCUUAUUGUAUGUUUACUGUUAACUAUAACGAUACUGCUCUUAAGGUAUAGAAAGUACAGGAUGAACAGAAGCUAUCCCUUUGCAACACAAAUCUGGUACAACCCUAUUACGAACACAGUAACGUAGUUUUGUAAUUAUUUAAGAACUGAGAAUAUAACUAGAUAAAAUCGAUUUUAUAUUUUAUUUAUCAAUAUCACAAAUUAAAAGGGCAUGUAUGUGUUUGAGAGUUCUUGAUGAAUCUUUAUUAAAAAAGAAACAUGUGUUUAAUAGAAAUGUUAUUAGUUUUCUAUUUAGGUACGUUACAAAAAAGCAAAUAUCUAGAAUAACCUGUAAAAAAUGCUAGUCCGCCGUCGUAAGGUAUUAAAUAAAUUUUCUCACUUAA